AAUCAUUGUAUUAACAUAACCCUCUUCUUCUUUUUUUUUCAUAAAUCAUGGCAAAAUUAGUUUGUUCGUGUCUGUUCAUCUCCAUGCUUGUUCUUUCUGCAUUUUUGGCUUUGCCAAGUGCAGAUGGAGCGGAGAUAAGAAGGUGUAGUGUGGUGUUGAACCUAAGCAAGCCAUGCACUUUUCAAGAAUGCCAACCACUUUGUAUUCAGAAGUACAAGGGGACUGGCGUUUGUCUCGGAGAUAACAUUAAGAACUCUAAAUGCAAUUGUGAAUAUAAUUGCUAA